AUGAAAGUUGUGAUGAGGUUUGGAAAGAAGGGCAAGCUGAACCCUCGCUUUAUCAGACCUUCUGAGAUAAACAAAAGGGUAGGCAAGUUAGCUUACCAAGUUGCUCUACCAUCAAACCUUGCAGGUAUGCACGCCGUCUUCCAUGUUUGGAUGAAAAUGAAAUUUAUCCCCAAUCCAAACCUUGUGGCGGAGUACGAGCCAUUGGGGAUUCAGGAAGGAAUGACCUACAAGGAGAUGCCUAUUCGGAUUCUGGAUCGCAAGGAGCAAGUGUUGCGCACCAAGAAGAUUCCUAGCAUCAAGCUUAGCCUCUAA